AGAUGGCCGGGGCCUGGGGAGAUGGGUAAAGCAGCGGAGAAAUUGGCGUGAGCCAGGUUGAGUCGAAGGGGCGAGAGUGUGUUGUUUUGAACUGGGAAAAAACCAACAGACCGCCGGGGGUUUGCUAGCUUUGGAUUUUGUUGCUUUUUGGUAGAUAUUAGUAGUAUUAAUUCAGAAAAAAUAAAAAAAUAAAAAAAAGGUGAGAGUCACACACAAACAGAGACCGGCCACCGUCGUCAAAAGAGGAAAGAGAAUCCAGAAUUGGAAGAUUAGUUGGCAGGCAGAAAAAAUCCCAUUCCCAGUCCCAGGUGUAAGUGUAACCGCCAUCCCUGCCCUGCCAUGAACGAUACUUUCUAUGUUAGUCGGGCAAGUUUGUCUCUCGCUUAUUUCCACAACCAACACCUGCUUAACUGGAAUAAUCUGUAUGAGCAAGAUGGAAGAUACCGAAAUGUUGGAACAACAAUUACCAGAGGCAUCCAAAGUCAACCUUGAUGAUUCUGGCGUCCAACAGCAACAGUCCUCGCUCGCCACUGAGGAUCAAGAUACCACCGAAACUAGGCAUUCACCUCAUUCUGGGACAGCUGAUGACAAGGCUAUAACCUUACCCACUGAUGUUAAUAUGAGUGAUGAUCCAGCUUUGCCCGAUAAACCUGAUAAAAAAACUUCCAAUGAUGCUAAUACAAAUGCUCGCGAUGCUGCUCCUGUUGAUCCACUAGAGAAGAAAAGCAGUGGCGAUGCUGCUCCCCUUUCUUGUGCAGAAUUUCUUACGCCUAAAUCUGAACAUGGAAGUGUGAAAAGAUCAAAGAACUGGUUGCUGGAUCCUGAGAUGGGGGAGGCUGAUGAAGCUGGAACGCAGGAGGAGCGCAGCGCAUUCAAGGAGCUGGAAAGUUUCUACAAGGACAGUUCUUUGGAAUUCAAGCCCCCUAAGUUUUAUGGAGAGCCACUAAAUUGCCUUAAGUUGUGGAGAGCUGUUAUUAGAUUGGGUGGCUAUGAAGUGGUGACCGCAUCUAAGUUAUGGCGGCAAGUGGGAGAGUCUUUCCACCCCCCAAAGACCUGCACAACUGUCUCUUGGACAUUCCGCAUUUUUUAUGAGAAGGCACUAUUAGAAUAUGAAAAACAUAAGAGGGAGAAUGGUGAGAUUCAACUUCCUGCUUCUUCCCUCCCUCAUACAACUGGGGAAAAGGAGUCAAGUGGCUACCAAGCCUCAGGGUCAGGUAGGGCACGCAGGGAUGCUGCAGCUCGUGCCAUGCAGGGUUGGCAUGCUCAACGUUCUGUUGGAUAUGGUGAGAUUACCGAGCCUAUUAUUAAGGAUAAGAGCUUAAGUUCUACUCCAAAGCAGAAACAUCUCAAAACAAUUGGUUUGCAGAAGCAGAAGACACCAAUAAGCACGGAGCCUGCUGAGAAAUCUGCACAUGAACCAAAUAAGCAACUGGUCACUGAAGUUGUUGAUGUUGGAGCCCCUGCUGAUUGGGUGAAGAUCAAUGUGCGUGAAACUAAGGAUUGCUUUGAGGUAUAUGCUCUGGUCCCCGGGCUCCUGCGUGAGGAGGUGCGAGUUCAAUCAGAUCCUGCAGGACGUUUGGUUAUAACAGGUCAACCAGAGCAAGUUGACAAUCCUUGGGGUAUCACGCCCUUUAAGAAGGUUGUGACCUUGCCUGCAAGAAUUGAUCCACUUCAAACAUCUGCUGUUGUUAGCUUGCAUGGUCGGCUCUUUGUUCGCGUUCCAUUUGAGCACUGAUGGCUUUGAACCUUGUCUUGUUUAGAUUAGUUGGCUCAAAUCAAUUUUAGUGUAGGCGCUAAAAUCGUUUAGGACAAGUGUAAUUGGAAGUAAACAUGGUACUGUUAAAUUAGUUGCACAUUCUGGUUCUUGGCUUAUUGUUGGUCCUAUCGAACUAGUUCAAAAACAAUGGAUGAAGAAAAGUUAGUUUUAUGUGCAUCUCUAAACUCUCAUCAGAUUGUCAAGCUGAGAUUUAAACCUUACCAUUAACUUUUCUGGACGGUGGCUUGAUUUAUUAGAUUGAUUUCAUUUAAAUCGA